CGCUUGGUUAGCUGCCUGGCUAAUCUGGGUCCCCGGCUGUCAGUUGCUGAGAGCGGUGACAGCUGAAAAAUACCAUUUUAUCCUUAGCUGUGCGCUCAAUACAAUCGCCACGAUGUUCGAGGAGGCUAGUGAAGUGUUCGAUAACAUGUUUAAAUCCUCGUUUCCCCUCACCUUCAUUGUGUUUAUCCCCGCGGUGUUGAUCCUGGUGUCACCGCUCCCGGCCGAGGCGGCACAUGAGUUCACGGUGUACCGUAUGCAGCAGUACGACCUGCAGGGACAGCCCUACGGUACCAGGAAUGCCAUCCUGAAUACGGAGGCUCGUACUGUGGAGGCAGAGGUACUAAGUCGUCGCUGUGUCAUCAUGCGACUCGUAGACUUUUCUUACGAAGAGUACCAGAAAGCCCUGCGCCAGUCAGCAGGAGCUGUGGUCAUCAUCCUGCCCAAGAACAUGUCUGCUAUGCCCCAGGACAUAGUACAGCAGUUCAUGGAGCUGGAGCCAGAGAUGUUGGCCACAGAGACCAUCGUUCCUGUCUACUUUGCCAUGGAGGACGAUGAGCUGCUGUCCAUCUACACCCAAACCCUGACCUCCUCCUCCUCACAGGGCUCCUUAUCAGCAGCUGAAGUGCUGCUGCACACAGCCACAGCCAACGGCUUCCAGAUGGUCACCAGUGGAGCUCAGAGUAAAGCCAUCAGUGACUGGGCCAUCACCAGUCUAGAGGGCCGUCUGGCGGGAGUUGGAGGAGAGGACCUGCCCACUAUUGUCGUGGUCGCUCACUACGACUCCUUUGGUGUUGCCCCAUGGCUGUCGUACGGAGCAGACUCAAACGGCAGCGGGGUGUCUAUGUUACUAGAGCUGGCUCGUCUUUUCUCAAAACUUUACACCUACAAGAGGACACACGCUGGGUACAACCUGCUGUUCUUCGUAUCUGGUGGAGGAAAAUUUAAUUACCAGGGCACCAAACGUUGGCUGGAGGACAAUCUGGACCAUACAGACUCCAGUCUGCUACAGGACAACGUAGCCUUUGUGUUGUGUCUGGACACGCUGGGGAACGGAGACUCUAUGCACCUCCAUGUGUCCAAACCUCCUAAAGAGGGAACUCCUCAGUAUUCUCUGCUAAAGGAGCUGGAGACGGUGGUUGCGAGCCAGUACCCAGAGGUCAAGUUCUCCAUGGUCCACAAGAAAAUCAACCUGGCAGACGACAUGCUGGCCUGGGAGCAUGAGCGCUUUGGGAUCCGCCGGCUGCCGGCCUUUACAUUGUCCCACCUGCCCUCCCACCGCCUGGCUCAGCGCUCCAGCAUCAUGGACGUGCGGUCAGUGUCCCCCUCCUCUCGCCACGGAGCGGGAGAGCCCCCUGCUGGGCCUCAUGUAGAUGUAAAGAAACUCAGCAGGAACACCAAGCUGGUAGCAGAGGCGCUGGCCAGGGUCAUCUACAACCUCACCGAAAAGGGGGCUCCUGGGGACCUGCAGAUCUUCACCGAACAGAUGCAGGUGCAGGACGAGCAGCUAUCAGCGGUGGUGGAUUGGCUCACAGCGCAGCCCCGAGCCGCUCAGCUGGUGGACAAAGACAGCAGCGUGGUGUCCACUCUGGAGUAUCACCUGGGACACUACCUCAAGGACGUCAAGAGACACUACGUCAAAGCUGACAAAAGGGAUCCAGAGUUUGUAUUCUACGACCAGCUGAAACAGACUAUGAAUGCUUACAGAGUGAAGCCUGCUAUUUUUGACUUGCUGCUGGCUGUCUGCAUUGCAGCCUACUUAGGGAUGAUGUAUCUCGCUAUCCAGAACUUUGGAGUCCUGUACAGUGUUGUCCGUAGAAUCACCCAACCCAAGGCGAAGGCCCAUUAAGGCGCACGACACCAUUUUUUUUGUUUCUUUUGUUUUGUUUUCUCCAGAUCCCACCCUUCUCCUCAGAUUCAGAUCAAUAAACUCUAACCAGUAAGAACGCAGAAGCUGGGCCAAGCUGCUGUUCUCAUGAUGGUUUCUAAACCAGCAGAAUCACUUUCAUUUCUUUCAUCCCGCUCCACAAACUAUGAUGUCAGAUCCUGUCCUGCUGCCAACUUAAUCCAUUUGGUCUCUCGGACCAGAAUAAUCAGGAAUCAUUUCUCACUCUCCCUGUCUUCAUGAACACAGAUGUCUUUUCAGUCAUUUAAAAUGAUCCCUUGUGUUGGAAAUAUUCCGUUAUUCGACUCCUGUGAGGGAUGUAAAGCAUUACAUCGACGCCUGUGAGAUCUCGAUGAGAUUGGGAGUUCCUGAUGUUGCUGUCCUCCCGAUCACGCCUCAUUACUCGUCCUCUCAGUAUACUGUAUGAAUGAUCGUUCUGCCAAACUGACGUCGUGUUGUCUCAGGCAGCUACAGGGAGAAACUGACCACAGAGUUUAGCCCAGAAUUUCCUUUGUCGAGAGAUGUGUUUCCCCAACAUGUUAAAGGAGAGGUUCACAUUUAUUUCAAUCUGCUUAAAUACAAUACUCACAUCUUUAUACAGACAUUUAAAGAGUUCCUGUUUCUGUAAUUGUUUUUUUUUUGUUUGUUUGUUUUUUAACUCCACACUGGCAUCGAGACCCCCUCCCUAAAUCCACAGUGCUGAUUCUGUACAAAAACACAUUUUAAUGUUCAGCUGAAGAACAUAUUAAAGUCUUCUUUGUGUCAUACCUUAAAGACUAACAUUAGAGGAUACCCAUUUGGCCUCAUUUUGGCUUCAGAUGAACUUCAGAACACAUUUUUGCACAGAGAGGACUGUUGGCUAUGUCUUCCAUCUCUUCAGGGCUGCAGCUAAACAUUAAUUUCAUUAUCAACUGAUCAGUCGAUUAUUUGUUUUUAAUUAAUGAAUCAAGCGCUUACUCUAUAAAAUGUCAGGAAAUGGUGAAAAUGCAGAUCAUCAGAGUCCAAGAUGAUGUCUUCAAAUUGCAUUUUCUGUCAGAGUAUCUGAAGAGAAAGCCAGAAAUUUAAAUUUACAACAAUAUGGAUCAUAAAAGGCAACAAAUCACAUUGAAAAAAGACGGCAAAUGUUUUGCAUUUGUGCUUGAUAAACAAUUUAGAGGACCAGUGUGUAGGAUUCAGUGGCACCUAGUGGUGAGUUUGCAGAUUGCAACUGACUGAAUACCCUCUGCUCUCCUUAUGGUUGCCUUCAGGUAAUGCAAAAACGUGACUGGCCCUAUCGGGAGCUAGUGUUCGGUUUGCCCAUGUCCGUUUGUCGGGGUUGCUGUAAAAACAUGGCAGCUCCUUGGACCUGCUGCUUAUGUAGAUAUGAAGGGCUCGUUCUAAGGUAACGACAACACAAUGAUUCUUAGUUUCAGGGUUUUUCUUUCACGUUGGUGAAAGAAAACACACUCUUAUAUUGUAAUUCCAUUUCUGCCAAUAGAUGCCACUAAAUCCAACAUCGAUUAGCAUCAUCAUAUUAUUUAAUAUAUGAGCGAGUGAGUAUUGUAUUGAGGCAGACUAAAAACAAAAUCUGAACUUAUCCUUUAAACGCUCAGUGAAAAUGACUCCACAAAUAUCAUUUACAGUUAAGAUGAGUUGCCUGAAUAAAAUGUGAAGUAGUGUUUAGAUGAUCCUGAUUCCAUCGCCUUGGUAGUGAAUUUAUUAAAAGAAAUAUUCAGUUGAAUGAAAAAAAUCCUUGCUAAAUUAUUAAAGUAUGUAUUAAUCUCCCCGUUAAUAUAUGAUGUUACAAAAAUUUAAAGCAGAUUCCCUGUGAAAUUCUCUCCUCACUUUUUGUGCCACCUUUUUCUGUUUGCUGUCACUGUGUGAUUUGAUGUGUCUUAUUUUUACUGCUCAGAGUCUUUUUUUGUUUGCUUUAUUCCUGAUAAAGUUUUGCUGGGGAUGUUCAGUCCUGUUGAAUAAUGUCACAUGCAACAAACAUGUUUGUCUAAUCAGAGGACAUGCGUGUUCGGUGUGUUGGAGUGCAACGGCCACACAUGACGAGAUAAAACUCCCCCUUUACUCCUUUUUUAUCAGUAGGAAACAUGUCUUUGACCUUUUGCUGACUGUAGCAAUAAUGUGAUUCCACUUAAUCAGAGAUUUUUAAAGCCGUGUUGAGAUUUUGGUCAAGCCAGCACUGCGGUGUUUGUACACUGGAAGUCUUAAAGUGGGCCGUAACACAGAGGGUGUUGGAUAAAAUAGGGACGGAUAUCUUAAACACACCUGGAAUUUAAUUUCAUGAGAUGCCGGUGUGUGUAGAAGUAACACCACAGUGUUUCCUUGACCUUUUCUCUGCCUUGUUGUGGGUGAAUGGUGUUUAUUUGCCUUUUUGUAUCUUCCAUGUGUUACUGCAUGACCUGUGACCCACCCGCCCCCC